GUUUUGUUCUUUGUAUAUAAACGUUAUGGUAUUAAGACCUACAGUGGUUCCAGUAUUACCUCAAAAUGCUCAACAACCAAAGAAAAAACCAAUUUCUAAACCAUAUUUAUUAAAUUUACGAUCUUCUAAACAAUUUAUCUUUUGGACAGCAGCUGUAGGUCUAUUCACAAGUACAUUUGUCCAUUCUAUUCUAUUUCCAUUAUCACCAUUUAUUGUCAAUCGAAUCAAACAUAACAAUGUGGAUGAUGAUUCCUAUCAUAGCGCUAGUGCUUUAGCAUCUGACAGCGAAGUUACGUCAAGAGAAACAGGGAUCUUGGUGGCAUUAUAUGCUGUGGGUUUAUUAUGUGGAUCACCAUUGUUUGGUUGGUUAGGUGAUAAAAUCAAGCAAAGACGAUUACCUAUGUUAUUAGGUAUUGCAGCAUCUAUGGCUGCCAAUUAUGUUUUUAUGUUCAGUAUUGCUUAUUGGAUGUUACUUUUGGCUCGAUUUCUUCAAGGUGUGGCAAAUGCUUGUGUUUGGACCAUGUCACUUUGUUUGAUUGCUGAUAAUUGGCCUAUAGAGCAAUAUGGUUUACAAAUGGGGAAAUUGGUUGGUUUUUAUCCUUUAGGACUUUUGGUGGGAUUACCUCUUGGAGGUAUACUUUAUAGUAAUUUGGGUUAUCAAUCACCUUUCAUUGCGUCUUCUAUCUUAACUGGCCUUGAUUUUUUGAUGCGACUUGUGAUUAUUGAACCCUGUCAUUCUCCACCUGAAUGUGCCUUUGAACCGACCUUAUCCAUGCGAUUUGCCUCUGAGUGGAAUUUUGAUGCAGCGGAUUGUGGCCUGAUUUUGAUUGCAUUCAUGGUACCCUCGGUCAUCUCCAGUGCGGUAUGUGGAUGGUUAUGUGAUAAGUAUGGCUGUAAAAUUGUUGCCUUUGUGUCAUUAAUACUGACGAUUCCAGCCGGUGUACUGAUGGGUAUUCCAGAACAUCAUACCACCUUUUGGGUGUUUGUUCCUAUUUUGGCAUUUUGCGGUAUCACCAUGGCUGGCUGUCAGGCUCCUGUGUUCCCUGAAAUCGCUCGUGUUGUGGAAUUGGAGAAUCAUCAUAAAAAGAAUGACAAGGAUGGUUUGGCCAAAAGUUAUGCACUCUUCAAUGCCGCCUAUGGUACUGGCAUGUGUGUUGGCCCUAUCGUCGCUGGGUUUUUGUAUAGUAGUGUAGGAUUCUUUUGGCUUUGUUGUAUCCUCAGUACCAUCUUUCUUGUAUGUAUUCCUGUUGUAUAUCUUUAUACUGGUGGAAGUCGUCAGUGGAUUGUCCGUCAACCUCCAAAAGUAGAAGAGUCAUGAUCUAUUCCACUUCUUUCAUCAUUUUUUUUCUCUUUAUUAUUAUUAUUAUUAUUAUUAUUAUUUUUAAUAUUAUGCAAGUACUAAAUAAAUC